GAGUCAGUCCGACGGUUGAGUCAAUCGGCUGUCAAACAAGUAUUGAAUGGUUGGAUCACUUGAUGACCGCAAGGGUUGGCCAACAUUUGAGUGAUCAAAAUGAACACCCGAUUGAUGGACACGACUCGCGAGGAAGUGGUCAACAAUUGAAUGACACAAAUGUUAAGAAAAAUGUGACAAAUGGUGGUACGAGUAGACGACCAUUCAAGUGUGGACUCAAUGAUUGUCACCAAAAGUACGAUAAUAAGGAUGCGUUGACUAAACACCAGUUCAGACGACAUCCCGACGCCUUUCCGGACAAACCAUGGAUUGAAUGCAAGCGUACGGGCUGUCAGUUUAGGUGUAAACUCAAG